GGCUUGCUCGUAUCUCGAGAAAUACUCGUAUGUCGGGCCGCGCUCGUAUUCCGAGGUUCCACCGUUUAUCCACUCACUUCUCUCGUUCAGUCUACGUGCAAUCAAAAGUUACAAAACUGACCACAGUUGUUUUUUUGUUUUUUUUAGUUCACACGGAGACACCGUGUGAUUUCCUUUUCACCACUAACGAAUCAAGCUGACCUGAAGGUCACAGACAGUACGUGUUAUAUUUACAGACCUCUCCACACAGGUUCCAUCUGACAUCUUCUUGUGCUUCGGAUUUCGGAUCAGGACCAGGUUCACGAUGACUGGAGUCACCAGCUCCGUAAUGACCAUGUACGAGAGUCAAGACAAAGGCAGCAAGUGCACGAAACCCUUCUUAUACCAGGAGCAAAAGCUACAGCGCCUCUGUUUGGGCCAAGAGUGUCAAUGCAUGGCAGUGGCCUGUGCUACCUACAGAGGGAAACCGGACCUGACACUGACGUCAGCCAAACGUAUGGAGGAGACCUGCAGACCACACAUCUUAUACGGUGAAAAAAAAAAACGUUCACACCAACGUUAAGACUUCAAGUGUAAAUGCAGGCACAGGUGUUUGACUAGUAAAGUACACCAGCUACUAGGCUUUACGACUAUAUAUUUAC